UAUUUUUUCAAGAUGGCCGCGCCCAUGUUUUAAGAAAAAUCUGAAACUUUCUAUUUUGUGAUUAAAAUUGUCAUUGUAAGGCAAUUUUUUAAAGCAUUUGGUGAUAGAAUAGUAUUUUUACUCUUGCAAUGUGACUCCAUAAUCCUUUCAUUAGAACCAUCUUGAGGUAAAAUGUCAACUAUUCUGGGAAAAGCUGUGUUUUAUCCGACACUUUUCUACAAUGUGGUGAUGGAAAAGAUAUCAUCUAGGUGCUGGUUUAAUAGGAUAGAUGACACUGUUGUCCUAGGGGCUCUGCCUUUCAAGAAGAUGAUACCACAGCUGGUUAAUGGAGAAGACAUAAGGGGUGUGGUGACAUUGACAGAAGAUUAUGAAAUGCCAGAAAGAUUUGUACCCACAUUUGAGGAUUGGAAACAGGCUGGUGUUGAUCAACUCAAAAUAAGCACCAAAGAUUUUGUAUCUUCUCCCAACCAAUCAGAACUGCGACAAGGUGUGGAGUUCAUUUUACGAUUUGUUGACAAUGGGGGUAGUGUCUAUGUACAUUGUAAAGCGGGUAGAAGUCGUAGUGCAACUUUGGUGGGUUGUUAUUUAAUGUCGCAAAUGAAAUGGACUCCAGAACAAGCCAUAGGAUUUAUCAAACACAAACGACCACAUGUUGUCAUACGAACUGCACAAUGGAGAGAACUAAGGACCUAUUACCAAGAUAAUAUUACACCUAAACAAUGAGUUCCAUAUUAUGGUGAAUAUGUCUCCUUCUAAGAAUGAUGAAUUCCUUGAAUGGUGGACCGCUAGUGAAUAUAGUAAUUCAAAAAUAAAAAAUAAAUUAUCAAUGAAUUUGUGAUAAAUCUAUGGUGUCAGUAGGUUAACACAACAGCUAAUGCCGUAAGGAAAGUUGGAAA